AUGGAGGAGAAAAAGUUACAGAUAGAGAUCAAGAAGAAUUUUGAAGCUGGAUACAAGGAAGUCUGCAGUCUCUUGACCAAACAAUUGGUUGAGUUGCGAAAGCAAAAGAAUCGAACAUAUGCUGCCAACAGGAAGAUCAUGAGUGUUAGUUUAAAGAACAAGAUCUUUGGGGCUCAUACUUCACUUUCGAGGGAUAUGGCAACCGCAGUGAAGACAAUGGGAGAGAUGAACACGAUGAUGGGACAGGAAAAAAUAACUGGAAAUAUAAGAGCUUUCCAGAAAGCUUACUUGAAGAUGGAUAUGAUAGACGAAUUGACUUCCGCAGCAUCAAAUGAUGCUGUAUAG